AUGGUUCUUGUCUUGCUUGCGAGGCAUUAUGCAACAGAUGAUCAAAUAAUUAUUGAUGAAGGGCAACAUUGGUUGAAUAAGAAAGAAACAAUCACGGAUACUUCAACUGCUGAAGCAGAUGAAGUUGAAUUCAAUAAUCCUGUUCCGAUGGAUACUGAAGACGCUGCAAAGUCGCGGUCUACAUUCGGUAUGCAUAGUACUGCACUAACAACGCAAGUUACCGAAGAAUUAGCUGCCAGAAACAUUGCACCAGAGUUGUGGUCAAUAGAUCAAGUAUCUAGAUGGCUUUCGUCUGUUGAUUUGCACGAAUUUAGUGAAGCCUUUAGACAAAAUGAAAUUGAUGGUUCACUGCUAUUGAGUGAUGGUUUAGAUGACGGAAUCCUGACAAAGCUAAUUCCUCAAAUAAAAAGUCAAAUACGUUUCAAUGCGGAGCGUAAAAAACUCAGAACAAAACAACAAGAACAAGCAUUGACAAACCCAAAAAUAGGUACUGAUGAUAUUCAUAUUAAAUUACAAUCAGUCGCCAUUUCUGACACAGUACCGACAAAAGAAAUAUCGUCAUCCGAUUAUAAGAAGUCUUUCAUUGUCUUGGACGCACAAAGCAACAAUAUCCAAGGGUGGAAAUCUUUACCAGCAGCAAGAAUUGGUAGCAAAGCGACCUGUUUUAAGGAGGAUGGAAAUGUUUCGAGGAACAUUCAUCUAAUUGAUUUGAAAUCUUUACUUCAAGAUGAUAAGUGUAUCUAUUCUACACAAGUAGAUGUUCAGUAUUUUGAUACUGAUGAUUAUGAAUUAUUAAAAAACUGGUCAUUAUGUCUAUGUUCUUCCAAAAAUAUUAAACUCUCUGAUGGAUUAGAUCAAUCUUUCAACACACUCGUUGAUAAUCCGAUCAAUGCACAAACACUGAUCGCAGAAAUAUUUCAAAAUCAUUCACUCAAAAGAUAUGUUAUUGAUAGUUUAAAAAGAUAUCAAAGUAUGAUGGAUAUUAUUGAUAUUUUACCGUUAAGUAAGUGUUUACUCGAGAACACUUCUCAGCAGUCGGAACAACAAGCAAAAAUUCAAAACUUUCUUGAUAUAGUACUUACAAUAACAAAAUCGGUUUUAUUAAUAACAACAAAUGAGUCAAUGUCCUUCGAAAGUCAACGUUAUUUUGGAAAUUUUAUUAAGAAAAAUGAUUUACCCAUACCCUUUGCUUAUUAUAUCUGGAAUCAACAAAAAAAUUAUAUCGAUUAUAAAAUUAAUUUUAAUCUACUUGCUGAAACAAUGUGUUCAACAAAUUGUCCUUAUAUCUUACAGGUUGGCAGCAGGUCAACAAUGGGGUUGGGCAAGACAAGCAUGCUACAGUUUAUCUUUACUGAUAAACGCAUGAAAGCAUUGAAUACAGAUGGGAGUUCAUCCCUUCGAGAUGGAUGUAUUGAUGCAGUUUUUCCAUCGGAUACAGUCGGUCAAAAGAAUGAAACAUAUGUUAUUUUUGAUGUACACGGAACAAUUAAUAGUUUUAAUGAAGAUAUCAUUACUUCUAUUCAAGAAUUUUGUUCUCUACAAAUUCUAUAUGUGACAAAGGAGGAUCUUAACAGUAAAUUUUUAAAUUCAAUGAUGAAUUACUCAAAAAACAUUCAAACAAAGCCCACUGUCGUUGUUAUUUUUGAUCCAAACUAUGAUGAUAAACGCUACCAAGCAGAGGAAGUAAUUAAUGCUUUUCAAUUAGAAUAUCAGAGUUGGAAAUAUGUGAAAUGGGUAACAGCACCACCGGCUAUUUUAUGGCAACAAUAUGAUAGCAAUAAAACAAAUAAAGAUUUAGCACGUUCGCAACGUCUUCUCAAGUCACUUAAUGAAUCAGUCAAAAAUACAGAUACAAAAAUGCAAAAACAAAUACGUUGUACAUCCAUAUUUACCAUUCAGUCUUACUAUUUUACUGUUAAAACUUCAACAAAUGUUAGUCCACCCCAUAAUUGUCGUUUUGAAAUUGAAAAUAAACUUGAACAAUUAUUUAAUUCUUUAACCGAUCAAACAGAAAAUCUUCGUAUAGCAACCCCAGUUAUUUAUCUCAAUUCAAUGAUAAAACAAUGUGAAAGAGAAUUGUCAGAGAACUGGGAUGCUCCUCAAACAGAAGUACAAACUCGAAAAGAAAAUCUAAUUCAGGAACGAUCAAAUAUUAAAACCAUUAACUCUUAUACAAGGUUUUUCAUAGACUUACUGACGAAACAUUCAUAUAUUGAACUGUUAAUAACUGAAAAGUAUUUAGAAAAAUGGCGAUCAAAGUUUCAACCGACACUCAUCGGCCAAUUAACAAACGCUAAAAAGGAAGCUCUGGAUUUAAAUACAGAAAUUAAACGGUUAGAAGAAUUUCUCAAAUCUGAAAAAAACUUGAAUUCAACAAAUAAAACCGCAUUCCAACAAAAAUUAUCUCAAACAAAAUUAACAUUUAAAAACCAACAUAAAUAUCUCUCUGCAGUGAAUGAAAAAUUAAUGAAUGUUGAUUUAACUAUUGGACUUUUCUGUGAUGAAAUUAUGGAGUUAUAUGAAUUUACUCCACAUCUAUUUGUUUCUCCAAACCUUAUAGAAGAUCUUGCUAGAUCAUUAGUAAAUCUGAUGUUGAAAGGAUUUGCAAUUCAUAUCCUUCGCGGUCGUCCAUUACAUUGUUAUAGCGGAUUAAUUAAGAAAAGUCUUGGCUUUGUUGGAACAACAAAAAAACCACCUUUAGUUUUAACAGUUAUUGGAGAACAAUCAUCAGCUAAAUCAUCAUUAAUGAAUACAGCAUUUGGAUGUAAUUUUCGUGUUAGUUCUGGUCGUUGUACAAUUGGAAUAUAUAUGAGUAUUAUUCAUUGGAGGUCAGAGACGAUUGUUAUUUUUGAUACAGAAGGUCUACUUUCUUUGGAAGAAGCUGGUUCAAUAUUUGAUAAUCAAAUGGUUACAAUGGCUAUGCUGUCUUCUCAUUUGAUUUUAAUUAAUCAUAAAGGUGAAUUUAAUUCAAACUUAAAAGAUCUUAUUGGAAUGAGUUUUUAUGCUAAAGUAAAUAUCCAAAGUCCCAUUAAACCAAAAUUAUUCUUUGUUCUAAGAGAUCAAGCAGAUCUUCAUUCUAAAGCAACAUUCUUUCAACAACUAACACUACUGAAAACACAAUUACAAAAUGAUAUUAAAAUUCUUGAUUGUUCAAUUGACGAUGAACUUGAUAUUCAGAAUGAAAAUGUUUAUUUAUUACCUACUGCAUUUUCGCAUAUUAAAAAUCCAAUUACUAAUGCAACUCAAUGUAUAAGAUGUGACACAUUUCCAAGUGAAAUCAUUAAAUUGCGAGACAUCAUAUUUGAUAACAUUACGAAAACUACAAAACCACAAAGAUUACAGCUAGAAAAGAAUAUUCGGAGUACUACUGUCACCACUGGACUUAACAAUCCUCAAACCCUUUCAAUUGAUCCAGCUUACGCAGAUAUGAUACAGUUGUAUACAAAAAUCUCAAGUAAUUGGAGCGCAAUUGAUCGUUUAGGUCCUAAAUUAUUAGAAUGUAAAACACUUUAUGAAUUAUCGAUUAGGAAUCGAUUACAAAUGAUAGCUAACGAUAUAAUUACAAAAAGCAACGUGACUACUCAUCAAGAUGGUGAACAAUUAAUUGAUCAAUCUUUACUAAAUUUGUCAAAAAGCAAUUUUAUUGAUACAAAUCGUGAUCGUAUUAUUGAUCAAUUUAAUGCCCAAUUAAGUUCAAUUGUUAUGAAAGCCAUAACUCAAGCACAUAUUAGUUUUGAUAAUAAAACAGAGGAAAGUUGUUAUCCACCUGAAAUAAAAGCAAAAGUUAGCAGUCAUUUAGAGCCACCUAUUCGCUCUGCACAUUAUUUAUUAAAACAAAUGUUUGAAGGACGUUUAAACGAUUUGUUGAAAAAAGUUCGAGUUGAUAUGGCACAAAAACAACUAUUGGAUUCUGUACAGAAAGAAUUCGAUCAAAAGAAAAUUCUUCUAUUAGAUGAUGUCAUAAAUCGUCUUGAAACCAACUUCAAGUCCAUUGUGGAACAACAUCAUAAAAAUCUUCAAUCAGCGUUCAAAACACCAGAAACGAUUAGACAAAAAAUUUUAGAGUUUUAUAACCAUCAACUACCGGAAAUGCAGUGUAAAAAAAGUGAAAAAUCAAAAAAAAAUAUUUUUAAUUUAUUGCAUCAAUUCAAGACUGAAACAGAAUAUAAACAACAUCUGCAAAAAUAUGAAAAGCAUUUAUCAGAGUCUGGAAGACAACUAAGGAAUCCAGCAGCCAAGCCUAGCAGUUUUUGGAAGGGUUUCAAAUCAUUAUUUACAGGUUCCUCAGAUGAAUACAGCGAUUCUAUAUGGAUGAAGCUAAAGGAUAAUCUGGAGUGGUUCUCAAAUAAUAGCGAGGUUAGCAAGAAUAAGAAAAUAUUUACAGAGAUUUGGGAUACUGUUAUACGAAAAUUUGAAGAAGAUAUUUUUACAUUAAUUAAAAGUACAAAAUCGCUUUCAUCUAACACAAGAAAUAUUCAACAUCUUUUUCAAUUUAUUGAAAAUGCAAUACAUUCGCAAUCUAUAAUCAGUAACUAUGAUCGUUUAGAGAUCCAUAUUCUCUGCUCAGAUCUGGCUGUUAUCGGUCUUAAUAUUCUAAUUAAUGAAGCAAUAGCGAAAGAAAAGUCUGAAUAUGAAUCAAAUUUACAGAAUUCAACAAAUGAAAUAAAAGAAUGCAAAGAUAACUUACUGAAACAAUAUACUGCUAUGAAAGAUUCAUUUGAAUUAGGGCAAACAUUGGCUGAAACAAUUGGAAUACAAAUUAUUGAUGAAAUUAUUAAGCUUUUAGAGCGGAGAAUUAUAAAAGAAAUAAGAGAGGAGAUUUUUCGAAGUCAGUUUAUUAAUCAUGAGGCUAUACAACAGCAAGCUUAUGAACAAAGUAUAAAUCAAGCAAAUGGUGAAAACAUUCUCAAAUAUGUUUAUGAUAUUAAUCGUUAUUUUAUUGAACUAAGUUUAAGUGAAAUUAAAAUAGCAGCACGUACUAUCACACAUAAACACACAUUAAGUCUUCAAUCUUUAAUUAGUUCAGCACUUAAUGGAGCGAAUACUUUUGUUCAAGAAAAAACACAUGAAAACACUGAGGAGUUAAAAAAUGGUAUACGCCAGACACUCAUUGAUCUUUCUAACCUUGAAUUGACAGGAUCAGAAGGUGCAGGAUUAUACUCAAUCUUUUCGUUAAAUAAUAUUGUCUCUAUGCCGAUUAUUGAUAACAACUUAUUUAAAAAGGGUUUUUCACAUAUUCUUAUUCAUCACCAAAAUAUUGCAGAAAAAGUGAGAGAUAUAACAAAAAAUCUGGAGGUGGAAGCAUUUCAAAGUUGCAAGGAUAGUAUUUUACAAAAACUUGGUUGUCAAGCACGAUGUCCAGGAUGUGGUGCUAAAUGUAGUAAACAAGAACCUCACGAUGAAGAAGACGUUGAAAUUUGGCAAGAUUCAAAUACAAAUCAUCCGCAAAACUUUCAUUUUGCAAACGCGUUCCAUGGAUGGGUAUAUCAUGGACUUAGUACACCAUGUCUUGAAUUAUGUUAUCAACGUUGGACAACUAUUGGUGUUUAUGUACCAAAAACAAAUCUACUUAAUGUUGCACAGGACAGCAAAAACGAUGAUGAAGAUAAGGGUGAAACCGUAUUUCCAAAAGCUAAAUAUUAUAAUGUGAAUCAUUCAACCUGGUAUAAUGAUUUAAAACAACAAUCAACUGAAGGUAAUGCAUGUAGAGAGAUAAUUCCACCACCUGAACAAAGACGUGCUUGGAUGGUUGUUCGUCAUACACUUGUUAAUCAUUUUAAACAUGUGAUGGUAGAUAACAAAGAAUAUGAUAAUAAAUUAUAUCCGACGAAUGUUGUAAGUUUACCGGCAGACUUUGAACCACAAUGGAAAGAUGAAGAUUUUGAAUAA